CUUCAAACAUAUCUUCGCUGACCGCUGCACCUCUAGCCGCAACUGCGCUGUUCUUCACAUCUUCAACAUUUGCACAUAAUUUCUCGCUGCUCGCUGCAGUCGGCAUUCCCCUGUCUCGCACCUCGAAUCUCUGAAUUGCUUGGGUGCGGCUGUCUCAAGGGGUCCUCACACACAUCCACACACCACACAGCACCCGUUUCAUCAUGAGUUACGGCAACAGUGGUUACAACCAGAUCGACGGCUACGGCGCCAACCCGUAUGACCAGCGCAACGAUGGCGCUCAGGGCGGUCGUUUCAACAACUACUCUCAAGGUCACUACGACGAUCCUGGGCUAGAGAUGCAGAACUACGGCCAGCCCUCUGGCGGCGCAGACCCCAAUGCUAUCCUCAACGAAUGCCGCGAAGUCGACCGCGCCCUCGACGACCUCGAUGGACAGCUCGGCAACCUUGAGCGUGUCUUUAGGCAAGUGCUGGCCCGCCCAGACAUGCCCUCCGGCGAGAUCAACGACCUCAGCACGCAGAUCAUGACUGGCUACCGCGGCCUCGUUGCACGCGUCAAGAACAUCAAGAGCAAGCCCGAGUCAGGCAGCCCCAGGAACGCGCCACAAGUUGGAAAGGUCGACCGCAGGCUGAAGGCCACUAUCAACAAGUACCAGACCCUCGAGGCCGACUUCAGGAGAGACUCGCAGGCCGCUGCUGAGCGCCAGUACCGCAUUGUACGCCCAGAUGCGACUGAGGAGGAGGUCAGGGAGGCUGUUGCGGAUCCUGAUGCGCCCAUCUUCCAGCAAGCUCUGCUCAACUCCGACCGCCGCGGCCAAGCCUCGUCCACUCUCCGCAACGUCAAGGAGCGCCACGAAGCGAUCCAGAACAUCGAGCGCCAGAUGGUCGAACUCGCCCAGCUGUUCCAGGACCUCGACCAAAUUGUGCAGCAGCAAGAACCCCUCGUCACCAACAUCGAGCAGAAGGGCGAGGAGAUUCACGACAAUGUCGUCCAAGCGAACACCGAGAUUGGCGGCGCGAUCGAAAAGGCGCGCAGCAGGAACCGCAAGAAGUGGUGGUGCCUGCUUAUUGUGCUACUUAUCAUCAUCGUUGUCGUUGUUAUCGCGGUUGUUGUUACACAGGUCAACAAGGCUGCUACCGGCAACUAAACGCCUCGAGCCCGAAAAUCACGCAUUGCUUGAACAUCAUCUCCGCCAGCUCCGUCAUCACGGGAGCUCGAAUCCGCCACUGCCAUAUCUACCACCCACCACACCGCAGACCCUCGUAUCCCUCUCACUAUUUCAGAAGGCCGGCCAAGAUACGUUGUAUAAUACCUCGAUUCCCGGUGGAUAUGUCAUACCUCUCCUGUAUCUCUGCAGCAUUUCCUUAUCUUCAUUUCUGCGAAGGAAAAUUGGAUUACCACUAGUUGUGUUUCGUUUAUCUGUUCCAGGGCGCUACUUUGGCGCUCUCUAUUUCAGCGGCAUGGGUAGAGUGCCAGCAUUGCGAGUGUGUGAGUAGAUACACAGUGCCUGGAGAAAAGGCAAAAGUAGAAUAUGUU